CUCCCCCUUUCGAUGGAGUUUCCAAAUCGUUUUGCUCUUCUCUUCUUCUUCUCUUCUCUUCUCCUUUUAUGGGGGCAGGGCACAGCACACACCGUGGCGUUUUACUUCCGUAACAAAUGCCCAUUCACCGUAUGGCCGGGGACCGCCCCAAACGCCGGCCAACCAGUAAUCGCCGACGGCGGCUUCUCUCUCCCCUCCGGCCAAACCCAGCGCGUCGUAGCACCAUCCUCGUGGACCGGCCGGUUCUGGGGCAGAACUGGCUGCAAUUUCGGCCCGAACCAGCAACGGCCCGCUUGCGAAACCGGCGACUGCGGCGGCAAACUCGCCUGCAAGGGGCUGAUCGGAACCCCGCCGGCGACCCUGGUCGAAAUCGCCCUCCAAGACGACAAAUCGAAGCCCAGCUUCUACGACAUCAGCCUCGUCGACGGAUUCAACCUCCCGAUUUCAGUCAAUUCGAAGCAGCCGAUUUCCCCCAAAUGCGCGAUCGGAGGCUGCGCCAAGAAUCUGAACGAGAUCUGCCCCGAUGAAUUGAAGGUGCUGAACGGGAACCGUGAAAUCGUGGCUUGUAGAAGCGCUUGUUUGGCGUUCGGAUUGGACUCGUUCUGCUGCAGAAAUGAGUACGGGUCGCCGGAGAAUUGCAAGCCGAGUUUGUAUUCGAGGAUGUUUAAGGACGCUUGCCCGUCGUACUACAGCUUUGCGUUCGAUUCGCCGCCGCCUUUGGCCAGUUGCUCCGCGAAGGAAUUCGUUGUCACGUUUUGCCCGGCGGGUUGGGGCGGCGGCGAUGCUGCGGCGAUUUAGGCGGUGAAGGAACUGGGUUUGAGUUUAUGAUGGUUCGAACCACGAGCGUGGUUGUGAAUCGGCUUGCUUUAUUUAGUUAUUUUGUUUUGUGAUAUUUAUAUGAAAAAA